AUGAAGCUACGUACAAAGUUCUCGUUGAUUUUGUUGGUGGGAGUGUUUCUGCAUGGCAAGGGGCGAAGCGACACCGUUGCGUUCGAUGAAGUCGGUGACACGGCGGGAAAUAUCGAGUUGGCUAUAGCAGGUUUAAUGCCCGUGUAUACAGAUGGUGGAUGGUCUGCUGCUGGGGUCGUCCCAGCUAUCGAAAUGGCAGUAUCCGAUGUCAAUAGUAGAUUCGAUGUUCUUCCUGGAUAUAAGCUAAAACUAUAUCUGAAAGACGAUCAUUGCAAUCCAGGAUAUGCAACAUCGUUGUUGUUUGAACAUCUGAUGACGUCACCAACCAAAUUGAUGAUCCUUGGAAGUGGUUGUUCUAUUGCAUCAGUACCAGUUGCAAAUGCAGCUCCUUAUUACAAUUUAUUACAGUCGUCUUUCUCUACAUCCGGGGAGUUGGGUGACGACGACCGUUUCCCAUACUUUUACCGUGUAGUACAAUCCGACCUGGGUCUGAAUCCACCAUAUCUAGCAAUCUUACGUCAUUUUGAAUGGAAACGUGUUGCUGUCUUAUAUCACGAUAUUCUCUUCUUUGCCAUGGGUAAAGACAGCCUGUUGGAAAUUUUAAAAAAAGAUGGCGUUGAUGUCGUCGUUUCGGAGAGUUUUAACGAUUACCCGGUUCACCAGCUAGAGUCUAUAAAGAAAAAUGACGUCAGAAUUAUUCUGGUGAUGGGUUACGAAGACAAGACCAGAAAAGCAUUUUGCGAGAUUCGUAGUUCGUUGAAAGAUAUUUACCUCACUCCUACUAGUACUAUGCUGGGAAAGGAGCGUGGUUCUCUACGUCAUUUUGACGUCACAGAAGCGAUAUGUCGCUAG